AUUGAGAGGAGUUUAACAGUCAACGGCUCUUGUUUAGUCAGGCCGCGGUUUUUGCUGGGUGUGCUGGGAGUUAUUACAGUUAUCACUGUAAGCCUAAGGGAAGAGCGACUCCGCAGAUUAUUUGCACCCAAAUCAGACGAACUCUGCACCAAGUUUAAGAUAUGUGAACGUUACAGUUCCUUUAAGUAGUGUUUCCUCUGCAUCGUAAUCCAUAUUAAAGAUGAGGGACAAACAAAAUCCAGGAGACACCUAUAACUAUAAGGAGCACGUCUAUGCCGACCCAGUCGCGCUUCGAAAUGAAAUUGAGGACGAGAGACAGCAAAAAGUGGACAAACAAGAUGUCAAGAAGUACCAGCAACCCAGUAGCCCUCCCCCGGUCCCAGGUGGACCAAGAAACGGCACCUCGGGAAACGGCCUGUACUCGGAACUCGCAAAGAAGACCAAUCUGCCGAAAUCCACCGUGCGAGAUCUGGCCAGCCUGUUCGGCGGGACGGUCCCGCGGACUCAACGCGACAAAGCGCCGGAGGACUUGCUGCCGCCGCCCGUACCCGAAGUCACGGGCUCGCGGAACGUGUUUGAGACCCCACCAGAUAGUCCCGUCAAAACUACUGUACAUAGUGCAAGUACUGUCCUGAACAUAUUAAGUGAUGAAACGGCACCCUGUCACGACGAGACUCCUGAAGAAGGCGUUUACGAGCCGAAUUUUAAAGAGGAAGAGACCAAUGUCUGUGUGGAUUUGGAAGAUGUAGAAGAGCCACCGCCCCAAAUUUUGAACGCACAACCAAUCAGUUUGGAGGAGUCACUUCAGGCCUCGUCCCCGGAGCCAGAUGAUGAAGCUCAAGUUGUCAUCGACGUACGAAUCAAUUCCGAAGCUGGGAUUGAGAUAGGCGCCGAAAUCCCGACGGUUACCGAAGAUGCGAACUGUACCGACGAUGACGGUGGAAUCCGGUUGAUCAAGAAUGUCAAACGCGACCCUUUCGCCGUUGAAACCGGCAAUACUGGCGAAGCGAGCACGGCCUCGACAGCACCGGUCGGCAUCCCGGUUCCUGCCAAACUGGAACACGGCUCGGAGACCGGAUCAGGUGGUGGUAGCAGCAGUGGAUCCACCAAGCGGAAGAAAAAAGCCGUGGAGUCUGGGAUCAACUCAGCCGGUCACAUGCGCCGACAUCUCAUUAUCAUCUCCUUGUUUCUACUUAUCGUGUUGAUUCUAGUCUUGGUGGCCGUGGUGGUUCUCAUCAAUUACACUGAGAUUUUUGCUUGACAUUUUAAGUUCUAUAUUCACACC